AUGGCUCCAUCUCCCAAUCACUACUGCAUAGACCCUGGCUCCAAAUGUGCUCUAAGCGUUCAUAUCCAGGAUAUCUUAACAUCCUCCCUGGAUAAAAAUGGAAGUGUCUGCAUCGUGUAUGAUGACAGCAAGGCCCCCAAUCCAGUGAUGAGAGCCGUGUUCCAGUCUGAUGGCAGGGCUGCAUGUUACCACAGCAAUGGAAACAUAUGGCUGUCCUUAAACACAUCAGGGGGUCAGUGUUUGGACGAGGCAGGUGCCAGAGUAAGUCGGUGGAGGUGGGAGGGGCCCCUGCACCCCGUCUUCUUAUCCCUCAACAAAUCUGUAGGGGUCCGAGUCUUCGGGAGGAAACAAGUGUUUGUUUCCUUCCUGGCUCAAGGACAACAAGCAAAGUUCAGCGUGGGCGCCUGCUGUGCUCAGGAUGGGGCAGAAUUUCUUCAAAAAUAUUAUUCCAGUGGCAAAAAAUGUCUUACCUUGUUCAGUGGCGGCUCCGCUCAGGUCUUUUAUCCCUCAGGCCACUUGGCUCUCGUUGUGGUCACUGAAGAAAAUGGAAGUGUCUGCAUCGUGUAUGAUGACAUAAAGGCCCCCAAUCCAGUGAUGAGAGCCGUGUUCCAGUCUGAUGGCAGGGCUGCUUGUUACCACAGCAAUGGAAACAUAUGGCUGUCCUUAAACACAUCAGGGGGUCAGUGUUUGGACGAGGCAGGUGCCAGAGUUUGUCGGUGGAGGUGGGAGGGGCCCCUGCACCCCGUCUUCUUAUCCCUCAACAAAUCUGUAGGGGUCCGAGUCUUGGGGAGGAAACAAGUGUUUGUUUCCUUCCUGGCUCAAGGACAACAUGCAAAGUUCAGCGUGGGCGUCUGCUGUGCUCAGGUCACUCACCUCCACGUUGUUGCCCAAAGGCUUCUAACGGUUAGUGCUCAUGUGAUAAUGAGCGACAAUGAAAGGGCCUUUAUCCACAAGUGUCUUCAGGGAUGUCUGUAA